AUGAGACUCGCUGGAAUCUGGAUUGAGUUUACACUUCUCGUUAUUCUUAUCGUUUUAUCGAUAGUAAUGAUGCUCGUGGCUCUCAAGUUACCACGUCGAUACCUGGCCCCAAGCAUCAUACUUAUCCCUUUUCUGAUACUAAUUGAUUUCGCUGUCAAGGCAACUUGUUAUGAAAGCGUCUUUUUCAAUCCAACAUCAGCCUUUGGAGUGAUCUCUCUCGUCGAAUUCUGGAUAAGAUACGUUCUUCUGUUUCAAACAUGGACCCUUCUACUAACAGCAAUACGACGGCCUGCAUUCGAUCACUCGGAUAGCGUUUAUAAUUCCUCGGGCUCUACGUUUUAUCGUGCAGGAGCUUCAGCAUCAGCCAACGGAUCUUCCAUCGCCCGCUCAAACAGUAGCAAGUGGGAGAAACCGCCUUUCAAGAAGAUCGUGCGGAGAGCUGCUUCUGUUCCCCCUGGAUUGAGCCAGAUUUCUGAACGAGGAACGGAAGAGGACGGCUUCCAUCAGCGGUCGCGUUCGACGCGCACGAAGCGCUCAAUCAAUUCCCAAAUGACCGCCUCGGAAAUUCAGCAAUCAGAGCAGCAAUCGUACAACAAAAUAUCCCUUGAGGAUUACAAUGAUCGAUCCAGCGCAGACAGAACGCGGCGCUCCAUGAACUCAGAAGUCUCCAACAACAAUUACUCGAACAUCUCAUCGAAACACUCGUACUCGAAUCGUUCAAAUCGAGUGGAAAGGAGGGAAAUGAGGAACUCUUACGACACAAACAGCUUCAUACAGCAUGAAGAAGAGUUGGCUAUGGAACAAGAGAUGGAAUCGGAACCGAGUGCGCCUCCUCCACCUAGAACGAGACCACUCUGGCACGAGCCUGUUCAAAAGUCAAAGGAGCCUCAACAAAAUGGUUACAGUGUUCCCGCCCGCCAGACAAGCACCAAUUCUUCAAUUAACAAAUUUCGAUCCAACUGGCAAGGUGCCACCAACUGGAAAUCCCUCCGAGAGCCCGUUAGUCGUCUAAACAGCGAUUUGAGUGAGAUGACACAGUAUUCGAUGAAUGGUAUGCCACGAAACCGCCACGAGUCGCAGCUUAUUUAA